CACCGUAUUGAAAUAAUACUGCUCAAUUUAUUACUUAACUAACGUGUUCAUAUGUAGAUCCUUUUCAGAUAUCUCUGAAUAAAAAAUUUGAUAAUUGAUGUAAUUAUUAUUUCUAUCUUUCGUCGCGUUUGUUGUUGGAUAUUAUUUUGGAUUUUUUACGAAACUGUUACAAAGUUGAGAUAUUUUUCCACGGCUGGACGACUAAAACUCCGUUUUAUAACGAUUUGAAUAUUUUGACGCAAUAAAAGAAUUAUUAAUUACAGCAAGUGAAAAGUCAUUUGGAAUGUGAUUUCUUGCUGAUUUUAUUUAGUUUACGAAAAGAGGAUUAAAGAAUAGAAAGUAUAUACCUGUAGUUGAAAUAAGUUUUAAUUCAAUCAUACUGAUAUAGGACUUAAAAUAAAAAUGGAAAACACACUGUGUACUUGUAUUGUCGCAAUAGUCUGUAUGGGUUAUGUAACUGCUGAGAGUGGCGCGUUCACAAAUUACGUUAACAUGGAGAAACUGUAUACACUAGAAGAUGAACUUAUUACGCUGACUGAUGUUAUUAUUCGACAAGAAAGAGUUCUACACGAUGAUGAGGACACGCACGGAAUCUACAACAUCUCAAGCACUGUCGAAAACGUCAAGGCCAUACAUCGAGAGAUUGUCAGCAGUCGGAAUCUAUCAUCGUACCUUGUAAAUCCUGUAAACAUAUACCACAUGACAAAACGUCUGGUCAAGGACUGGACAAAGGUCAUUGCUACACUAGAGGAUAGCAAAUCCUGUGUUAAAG